UGGCGCAACUUGGAGAAGAACGACAGUCUUCAGAUAUACAGCAAUUAUGGGAUAGGAGGCGCAUACGGCCUCAUCGGGCUCGUCGCUUUCGUUCAACUCAUUCGACUACAACUACGGGUGCCAGAGUAUGGGUGGACCACACAAAAAGUCUUCCACCUGCUCAACUGCUUGGUCUCGGUCUUGCGAUGCUCGGUAUUCUUCUUCCGACCCGCCCUGGAAGGGCUGCACCCAGUAGUCACGAAGCUGAUGCUCUUGGAUCUACCGGGCCUGCUGUUCUUCACAACCUACACGCUGCUGGUGCUGUUCUGGGCGGAGAUCUACCAGCAGGCCAGGAACCUGCCCGCGGCCGCGCUGCGACCCACCUUCCUCAUCAUUAACCUGGUGGUAUACGGAGUGCUGGCUGGCCUGUGGGCCCUCAUUACCUUUGGUAAGACGUCAGACGUUCAGGAGCUGUCGUACACCAUAUCCAACUUGUGGCUGGCGGCGGUUUUCAUGGCGGCGGCGGCAGGCUUCCUGCUGUACGGUGGCCGUUUGUUCGUAAUGCUGCAGCGCUUCCCCAUCGAGUCUCGCGGCCGGCGAAAGAAGCUGGCGGAGGUGGGGCUGGUCACAUCCAUUUGUGCGGGCUGCUUCACUUUCAGGGCGGUCGUGAUUGCCAAUUCGGCUAUCGACCGCAACGACCUGGAGGUGGACAUGCUGGGCCACCCGCUGCUCAAUAUCGCCUACUACGCGCUGGGUGAGAUUAUCCCCUCCGCCUGGGUGCUCUACAUCCUGCGGAAGCUGCCGCCUAAACGGACCCACCAGGGCUACCAGCAGAUCCCCUCGCAGUGA